AUGGAUCAAAAUCCUACAACUCCAGGGGGAGACGGGAGCAAUAACCGAAUACCGAUUGGAGAUUAUUACCAAACUCAACAACUCGGAGACGAUGAUGAUGCUUAUGAUGAUGAUGAUGAUGAAGAUGAAGCGAACCAAGGUGGAAAAGGUAAAGAUAAGAUACUAAAAGAAAGGUGGGGACAUGAUGAGGAUAUAGCAUUGGUCUCCGGAUACCUUAAUUGUGGUGGUGAUCCAUUAGUGGGAACAUACCAGUCAAAGGCAAAGCUUUGGAAAGAAAUCAAGCGCAUCUACGAUGUUGAAGUGGUAAAAAAACCAUCACUCAUCCACCCAAGGACCAUGAAGUCAAUUAAAGCGCAUUGGAGAACCAUCAACCGACUCGUGACUUUGUGGGUAUCGCAACUCGGUGAAGCCGAGCGAAUGAAAUCAAGUGGAAUGGCUAUUACGGAUGUAGAGGCUAAAGCUCAUGAACUAUACCAACAAAAACAAAAUAAUAAAGCUUUCAAAUUGUACCAUUGUUGGAUGGGAAUGAGACACCUUUCAAGAUGGCAACCCGGAUACGAUUCAACUGUUGUGAGUCAAUCAAGUUCAAAAAGGUCAAGUGAUGAAGUUGUAUCAGUCCGCCCGGAUGGUGCGAAGAAGGCUAAGGCACAAAGAAAAAUGAAAGGAGUAGCUACAAGUUUAGAUGAUUUCAACAACACUUUAAGUGAAAUGCAAGGUGAGCGAAUUACAAUAAGGAAAAAUAUAGAAGAAAUGAUGGAUUACCAAAAACAGCGAGAUGAAAAGAAAAUGAGGUUCAAGAUGUAUCAAUUGUUGAUGACCAAACCAUCUCUUGAUGCGGUUGAGUUCGAAUACUAUGAGAAGCUAAGAGAAGAGUUUAUGAAAACAAGAAGACUACGUAAUUCAACAAGUUGUUCAAACAAUUGUUGCUCCAAUCAUAGAAGCCACUCAAAGAAGAUCUCCCAAAAAAAAAAUAUUAUUCCAAGAGAUCGUGCUGAUGCAAAUCAAAGGUUAAUGAACGAUUACUUUGUUGAUCGUCCUCUAUAUACCGAAGACAUGUUCCGACGCAGAUUUCGUAUGCAUCACAAAUUUUUUCAACAACUACCAUACGCAACUGGGAAGCUAGGUGCCUCCACUCAUCAGAAAUGCACAGCAGCAUUGAGGUGUCUAGCAUAUGGAUCAGCAUCUGACGCAGUCGACGAGUACAUCAAAAUUGCUGAAUCAACAGCAAAGGAGUGCCUUGUGCACUUUGUGCAAGGAAUUCGAAAAGCUUUUACGAUCGAGUACCUAAGGAGGCCUACAAUAACCGACUUGCAACGCCUCUUACGUGACGGGGAAAGGCGGGGUUUUCCUGGAAUGAUGGGCAGCAUAGAUUGCAUGCAUUGGCAAUGGAAAAAUUGCCCACGAGCAUGGAAAGGGUUGUAUCAAGGUAGGUCCAAAUCUGCAACGGUAAUUCUAGAAGCCGUGGCCUCCGGAGACUUGCGGAUAUGGCAUGCAUUUUUCGGAACACCGGGAACUUGCAAUGAUAUCAAUGUAUUGGCACGCUCUCCGGUGUUUGAUGAUCUUUAUCAAGGAAGAGCUCCUGAGGUCACAUUUAAUGGAUAUAUAAGGGAUAUACCUAAAGAUGGGAAUACAUACAAAAUGGCAGUGUUCAUGCCAGCAAUGAUCCCACUAUCUCCCGUCGAUGAGUUGUUCACCAAACGUCAAGAAUCAGUUCGGAAAGACGUCGAACGUGCGUUUGGGGUUUUACAAGCACGCUUUGCAAUAAUACAAAGGCCAUCACUCAUUUGGGAUGAACACUUAAUGUGGGAAAUAAUGCUGGCGUGUAUCAUUCUUCACAAUAUGAUUGUCGAGGAUGAACGGGUAAUCAUCUAA